UAUCCUCUUCCUCGCCGUCGUCGGCGCCGUCGCCAUUGUUGUCGCCGUUGCCGUUGCCGAAGCCGUCGUCACCGCCCGAAGCCUUCUUGAAUCAGACGAUUCAAUCUUCUUCACCGCCUCACCGAGAAUUCACCUACUCGCCGAGAAUUCGCUUACUCGCCGAGACUUCGCUUCCUAGCCGAGACUUCGCCUCGUAUUCCUGAAUCUUCUUCUUCCUAAGUCUUCUUUUUAUAGUUUGAUUUUUGCUAAUAGUUUUGUGGUAUAUUUGCAAUUGAUUUAAGUGUUGGAUACAAUCAAGUUUAAUAGAUUCGUGUUAAAUCUAAUUAAGUUUAGUGUUAGAUCGAGUUUGUGAUAUAAGUUGACUGAACACAUGGUAAACCUCUAUUCUGAGUUUUGGUGCUUGUUCACUAUAUGUUGUUUGUUACAUUAUAGAUCUAAGGCUAUGGUUAUGUUUUUGUGAAUAGCAUCAUAGUAGAAAUGCUAGAGUUUUGUGGUAAAAAUGCUAAAGUUUUGUUUGUAAGAAUGUCAGCCCGAUAGAUUUUUGAAUGUGUCUCUAUGAAUGUCUCUAUGAAUGUGUCAAUGAUUUAUUGGAUUAGUUUUGAUGAGAGUGUGAACUGAUUUGUGUUUUAAAGCUUGUUCGUUUUUAUGGAUGGUAGCAUGAGUGAAGAAUCAAAACAAGUCAUGUUGAUUUAUCUUUGAAUUGUUUCAAAUAGCUUUGAAUUGUUUAAAGUAGAGUCGUGGCCAGUCUUUACGAAGUUGUUUCUAUGUGUAAGAUAUGACAAUGCUAGAGUUUGAUUUGAUAAGUAAUGAGAAUACUAGAGUUUUUGAGUUUGAGUUCGUUUUGAGUAUGGUUUUGUGACAAUUUCAGUUUAGCUUUGAUGCUAUAAUUUAUGGUCGUUUUCAUGUACAUUUUGUGCAGUAAAAUAAUGAGAAUGCUAGAGUUUGAUUUGUGAUAGACAAUGCUAGUGUUUGAAUUGAUAAGUAAUGAGAAUGCUAGAAUUUUGGUGAAUAGCAGCCUGAGAAUACUAAAGUUUGAUUUGUUAUAGACAAUGCUAGAGUUUGCUUUGUGCUAGUUUAGACUGAGAAUUGACAGCUCAUACUUACAUAAAUUUGUGAUUGUUUGAUCUGUGAUGUUACAGUUUGUUUUGUGAAUAAUAGUAUGAAUUUGUUUUGAGUGUUUUCAUGUAAAUGUGUUUGAUUUGAACUGCAAUAGUCUCUUUAAUUAAAAUUUUCCUAGGCCAAUCUGUAAGGUCUUCUAUACUUUAUGAUGACUUUCCUAAAGAACAUAUCUGUCUUUUUUGUUGCAGGACAUGGGAGAUUCUUUCCCUACAGACAUCAAGCUCCCUGAGCUUUGCUUCAAAAUAGGAGAUGAGCCGAGGUCAGAUGUCAAGAUCAACCAAUUCCCAAGCUAUGAAUUGGUUAAAGAAGUGAAGAGCAUAUUAUCACGCCAAGAGUUUCAAAGGAUCAAAAGCACAUUCUUGGGACCAGUCUUGAAGAUAAUUGGAAGAGGGUUAAUAAUGUCGGGAAAGAUGGUGCACUAUUUCCUGAGCAGAAGUUUGAAAGUUUCAAAGACUAAUGAAAUAUGGGUACACUUUGGGGGGCAGCCAAUGAGAUUCUCUAUUAGAGAAUUUCAUAUGGUCAUAGGCUUGAAAUGCUCAGAAUGGGAGCAGAAUGAAGAUGCAGAGAAGAAGACUUUUGAUUGGGCUUCCACAAACCAGGCACACACGUGUGAAGACGUGGUCGAGAUUAUGAGAAAAACUAAUCGAGAGGACUUGGAUGAAAGAUUUUGUCUUGCUAUGCUGAUUCUUAUAGAAGGCAUAUUCUUCCAGCGAUACAAAGGAAACAAGUUCCCUGCCAAGAAGCUCAAGAAAGCUCAAGACAUAGAAGUCAUAAUGAAUCAUCCUUGGGGGAGAGAUGCAUACAAAUUGUUGCUUUCUUCAAUCAAGAAGAAUGUGCCAUCCAAUCUAUUAAAGAAUAAAUACGAUCUCCAUGGUUAUCCUCUAGCAUUGCAUCUUUGGAUUCUAGAAUCAGUGCCUCUGCUACAAUCUUCAUUCAGCACACUCGGUUUCAUAGAGAGUCCACAAGCGUUUUUGUGUGAGAAAUACACAAGCACUGCCAGUCCAUCAAUUGCUCAAGUGGAGAACAUUGAAGCAUUGAAACAUCAUAUUACCUUCAAUACCUGGUGAUGAAGAAGAUUAUGUAGCUUUAGAGGACACUAGCGAUCAAGACUUGAGAUUUUUAAUGGAAGUUAUUAACAAGGGCUACAAGCUGACAGUUGACGACUGCACUAAAGGCUGCUUGGAUGUUGGUGCAGUGAUGGAAGAAAUAGCCAUCAUGUCGUAUCAGUUACGAAACAAAGAGACCCUAAAACCGUCUUCAUCUGGUGAGUCAAUCAUGGAUAAGUUAGACAACUUAUACAAGAUUGUGCAAGAGGGAUUCAGAACAACAAACACUCGCUUAUCAAAGAUAGAGGAACAUCUAAACAUUCCCAAGGCCGCAAAUACAUAUGAUCAGCAUGAACGCCAAAGAUCCCUCCAGAUAACACUACUCAUGAUGAGUAUGACCCCAUGCAUGUAACAUAUCCAGUAAUGACAGAGAAUGAUAAUCAGUGUGACACAGAGAAUAAUAAGCAGUAUGAGACAGAGAAUGAGUAUGAUCCCAUGCCUGCAACAAGUCCGUUGAUGACAGAGAAUGAUAAGCAGUGUGACACAGAGAAUGUUCAAGAGAAGAGAACAGAGAAUGAUACUGGGGAAGGCAACACACAAAAUGAAGAUGAGGAUCAAAGCAACAACCAGAAUGAAAAUCAAGAGUUUGAUCCAGAAGAUAGCUAUUGCUUCCCAUCUCCAACACAGUCGUUGUCACAAACAGUUCAACUUCUGGAAGAAGUUGAAGUUAUGUACGAGAAGAAGUGGAGAAAGGGGAUUGUGAGGACAAUCUUUCAAGAAUCUGUACAAGUGUAUAUGUAUGACUCAGAGAAGGAGCAUAUAUUUGAUAAAAAAAAACAUAAGGUUUUACAACAAAGAGAAGAUUCCACAUCAAGACUCAACAUCUAAACCUCCUACUCCAGCAAAUAAGAAUCCUAAUGAGGAAACACAACCUGAAAAUUCAACUGCCGAGUUCUAUACUCCAACUGAAGCAAAUACUCAAACAAAAACAGAGGUGAUAACAGAGAAGCUGGAUCAAUCAAAUGAGAUGAAUACAGAUGAAGCAAAUGAGAAAACAGAGGAGAUCACUCAAAAGAUGGAUCAAGUUGAUGAGGUAAUAACCCGCAUUGUUGAGGAGACAGUGGAGAUUACUCAGAAGAUGGAUCAAGUUGAUGAGGUAAUAACCCAAAUUGUUGAGGAGACAGACGAGCUUACUAAGAAUAUGGAUCCAGCUGAUAAAGAUGGUGAAGAAGAACAAGAAGGCAAUCAAAAUGAAGAAGAUGGUUCUUUAGAACCAUCUUUUGAUCUUGGUUGUUUCAGUUCAGCUGAGGAGAAAAAGAGGAAAUGGGUUCAGAAACGCAAGGACAACAAGUUGAAAAAGAAACACAAAGUAGAUGUAGAGAAGAUGAUUAUAAGGCGGAGCCAGCGACUAACAACACCAUCAAUGCCGAUAAUAUCGCCAUACAGAGCAACACGUAAUCCAGCAACAACAACACUAAAUCCGAGUAUGAACCCCUUUCUUUCUCCAACAUUAAAAAACGACGAAGAAAUGACUAUUUGGAGGAAUGCAAACAUACAAACCGGGAAGAUCACUGACAGAGAACCACUAACGCCACAUUGGUUAAGCAUUGUGGAAAAACCAGAGGCGCAUCUUCAAGAAACGCAUAUUGACGCAGCAAUGUUGACAAUUUGGUUCAAAAGGGAGCGAGACCCGGUGUACUUCCACAACAAGAGGCUGCCGAAGUCUAUCUUUGUCAACACUGGUUUCCUUAGAGUCUUGAUAGAGUGCUAUCAUAGUUUCAAGAAGGACAACCUGAAGACACAUUAUAAAUUCCCAAAGAGACUGUUGGAUACCAUCAACGGAAAAUCGCCUUCGAUUUCCAGCCUACAGGCGGCAUGGCAUGAAGUGGAUAAUGCAUAUGGGAUUGCAUAUUGCAAAGAAAUCAACCAGCAUAUUGGCAUCAAAGUGAGCUUCAGUGAAAGGAAAAUAACGGUGUUUGAUUGUAGAAGCGACAAUUACAAAGCUGAUAUGAUUAAGAGCCACGUCUUCCCAUAUGCAGAAAUGAUUCCGUAUUUGUUAGCUUGGGGCAAAGGGCCAAAGCCUGUUAAUCUCAGCUCUUUUAAAGUCUCAACCCCGAAAAGAUUUACUUGUCGCAUCAAACAUGAUGGCAACUGUGCCAUAUUCUUAUUGAAGAUGAUCGAAUGUCAUGCAAUAGGAGUUGAAGACAUGAUGAACAAGCUUGACGAAGCGUUUAGUGAAGAUACAAGAGCCAGGAUUGCAUAUGAUAUCUACAAGGAGAUUAUUGUGAAGGAUGUUGAUAUGUUUAGGGAAUGAAUAUUUGGUCUUAGUAUAAGAUUAGUAUGUGUAUAGCAAUUUACAUUAAGAUAACUGAAUUGUUUGUUAAGUAUCGUAUGUUUUUAGUAUUUUUUGUUGAUAA